GAACAGCCCGGACUAAUUACUGGAACGUUUACAAGGCUUGCGACGUGUACUGUGCUUUUAGAAGUGAUUGUAGGCCUAUUUAGAUUUAAUUACGUUUCGCUACUUCAAAAUAUGUAGACCGGUCCAUUUAUUGUCGUGUUUUUAAGCUGUGUCUUGUGAAAGUAGCGGAGGGCUUGUGUGCCAGUGAUUUGUCCACCACGCACCACUAGCUCGGACAAACUACCAUCGCGUUCCUCUAUGCUUCGCUUGACUUGUUCCGUCGCUUCGCGCAGAAGUGAUGGAGUUUUCGGAGCACAUAAAGACUGCUAAUGUAGAAGACGUGAUCCUUACACAGCCCUUCCACCCGCCGGUGAAAGGGACGCUGUGUGUGACCGGCCACCACCUCCUGUUCUCUGGCAGGGAUGGGGACAGUUCCGCACAACUUCUUCUGCUUCUGAGAAACAUCGAUGCCAUUGAGAAAAGCGUUGAAAACCUGGUGGGAUGUUCAGGCCUCGGCUCUAGGAGUUCAGGCCAGAGUGAAAGGUCCACCGGUUCUUCUGGGACGAUUACCAUCAAGUGCAAGGAUCUGCACAUCCUGCAGCUGGAUGUCCCAGGCAUGGAAGAGUGCCUGAACAUCGCCAGCUCCAUUGAGGCGCUGUCCUCCCUGGAGACUGUGACAGAGAUGUAUCCAUUUUUCUACAGGCCUUCAUUUCUCAGUCUGCAGGGCCAAUGGGGGCUAUCACCAGCGGAGCAGGACUUCGCACAGAUAAAGGCUCUUAGUGAUAGGUGGAGACUGAGUGAAGUGAACAGGGACUACUUCGUGUGUCCUUCCUACCCCCCCGCCGUCAUUGUCCCACGGUCCAUUGAUGAUGAGACUCUGGCCAAAUCUGCCAAGUUCCGACAGGGCGGCCGCUUCCCUGUUCUUUGCUACUACCACAGGGAGAAUGGCAAGGUGAUCAUGCGCAGCAGCCAGCCUUUGCCAGGAGCCAAUAGGAAGCGAUGUAAGGAGGAUGAGCUCCUCCUACAGGCAGUGAUUGAUGGCUCAGAGCUUGGUUACAUCAUUGACACACGCUCUGCUCAGCUGGCCCAACAGGCCCGGAUGACAGGGGGAGGGUUUGAGUCCAAAUCAAACUACACCUCCUGGAAGAGGCUGCACCGUAACUUGGAGAGGGGGAAGGUGUUGCAGGAGAGUCUGAUUAAACUGACGGAGGCCUGCAGUGACCAGUCCCACAACAUGGACCGCUGGCUCAGCAAACUAGAGAAUUCCAAGUGGCUGUCUCAUGUCAACAGCGUUCUGGCUACAGCGGGGCUGCUGGCAGAAUGUGUGGAGAGAGAGGGAUGCUCAGUACUAGUCCAUGGCUCCGAUGGCACGGACACCACCCUGCUGCUCACCACUCUGGCCCAACUCAUCCUGGACCCCCAAUGCCGAACACUGCGGGGCUUCCUGGCAUUGCUGGAGAGGGAGUGGGUACAGGCGGGUCACCCAUUCCAGCAACGCUGUGCCCACUCAGCACAUUCACAUGCCCGUCUGAAGCAGGAGUCACCCAUCUUCCUGCUGCUCCUCGACUGCGUUUGGCAGCUGGAGAGACAGUUCCCCCUGGCACUGGAGUUUGGGGAGCCCCUCCUGCUGCAGCUGGCCCAGGAUGCCUAUGCCUCAGACUUUGGCACUUUCCUCUGCAACAGUGACAAGGAGAGGUGUGCUCUGGGGGUGAAAGAGAAGACCCACUGCCUGUUCCAGUUCCUCUGCAGGCCCAGUGAGAGAGACAGAUUCAUUAACCCCUUGUACCAGCCCACAGAGCUAGCCAUCUGGCCUUCUGUCCAGCCUCCGUCCCUUCAGCUAUGGCAAGGGCUGUUUUUCAGGUGGACACAGAGCGGCCAGUACCUUCAGGAAGCGAGAGAGGAGAUCCGUAACCUGGUGAUGCAGUGCUGCAGACGGGGCUGUGGGCAGAGUGCGGUGCAGCUGGAGGCUGACAGCUCCAUCCCCUCCUCUGGGGUGGUGGACUGCUGAGUCAAAACUCUCACUGCCGUCCCCAACAGAGACUCCUGCCGAACUGUAGG